UCCCCCACUCAAUUAUUGCCAUUGUUUUUACCUUAAUUAAUUCUCUCCCUCCUCCGCUUUAUAAUCCCUUCCUCCCCCUCCGCCGAUCCUCACCACCACCACCGCCAUCACCACCUCCCUCUUCCGUCAGAAACCGUUCCUCCGCCGCCGAGAGAGACAGAGAGACGUAAACAUGGGGCUGUUCCAGUCCGCCGUGCUCCUGCUGGCCCUCCUGGCCGUGUCCUCCGCCCUCGACAUGUCUAUAAUCAGCUACGACCGGUCCCACGGUCAGCGGACCGAGGCCAAGGUGAGGGCGAUCUACGAGUCCUGGCUCGCGAGGCACGGCAAGGCCUACAACGCCCUCGGCGAGAAGGAGAGGCGGUUCGAGAUCUUCAAGGACAACCUCCGGUUCAUCGAUGAGCACAACGCCGCGGAGAAUCGGACAUACAGCCUCUGGCUGAACCGGUUCGCCGACCUCACCAAUGAGGAGUACCGGUCCAUGUACCUCGGGGCGAAGAGGUCCGAGGAGAGGAGGCUGCACGGAAAGCGGGUGACCGAUCGAUACGUGCCUAAGCUCGGGGAUGAGCUGCCGGCGGCCGUUGACUGGAGGAAGGAAGGCGCCGUCGCGGAUGUCAAGGAUCAGGGAAGUUGCGGGAGCUGCUGGGCCUUCUCCACGGUCGCUGCUGUGGAAGGGAUCAAUAAGAUCGUGACUGGUGAUCUGAUCUCACUGUCAGAGCAGGAGCUGGUAGACUGCGACACCUCAUACAACCAAGGGUGCAAUGGUGGUCUCAUGGACUACGCCUUCGAGUUCAUCAUCAAGAAUGGUGGACUUGACACCGAGGAAGACUACCCUUACAAAGCUGUCAAUGGCAGAUGUGAUCAGUACCGGAAGAAUGCAAGGGUUGUCUCCAUUGAUAAUUAUGAAGAUGUUCCCGAGAACGAUGAGAAAGCUUUGCAGAAGGCAGUUGCUAAUCAGCCUGUCAGUGUUGCCAUUGAAGCUGGUGGAAGGGAAUUCCAGCUCUACCAAUCGGGCGUCUUCACUGGGCAAUGUGGGACAGAGCUGGACCACGGUGUUGCAGCUGUUGGUUACGGCACUGAGAAUGGGGUUGAUUAUUGGAUCGUGAAGAACUCAUGGGGCUCCAGCUGGGGAGAGGAGGGUUACAUCCGCAUGGAACGAAAUGUUGGCGGCACAGCUACUGGCAAGUGUGGGAUCGCCAUGGAGGCAUCCUACCCCAUCAAGAAGGGCCAAAACCCUCCAAAUCCCGGGCCAUCUCCCCCAUCCCCUAUCAAGCCCCCAACCGUGUGCGACGAGUACUACUCAUGCCCAGAGAGCAGCACGUGCUGCUGUAUCUAUGAGUACGCUAAGUACUGCUUCGCAUGGGGAUGUUGCCCCCUUGAGGGAGCCACUUGCUGUGAUGACCACUACAGCUGCUGCCCGCACGACUACCCCAUCUGUAACCUUAACGCUGGAACCUGCUUGAUGAGCAAGGACAAUCCGCUCGGAGUGAAGGCGCUGAAGAGGACCCCUGCUCAGUUCCAUUGGGCCUUUGGGUUUGGGAGUAAUGGAAAGAGGAGCAGCGCGUGAGAGCGGGAAAAUGGUGAAGAAUCUGAAGCAGUACUUUCCAUGAAGGAUGCCAACCAGGAGUACUGAAGAUCCGUAGUAUAGCUUGACUUCGAUCGCCUCCUUAAUUCAGCUCCAUCAGAAGUACUGAAGAUACCAAAUGAUUGGGACUUCUAUUUUAUGUCAAUUCGAUUCUCUGCUGCUUUUGUAAAUAGUGCUUUAUUUAUGAAUCUUGAUCGAUUUGAAUUGAUCUGCUCAUUAUUCUCAAUUUCUGGUUUCUGUUAUGAAACCAUAGUCGUUCAGAAAAGAGCUUCUGUCAGUUGUUUUCAA